AUGUCCACACCUUCCAUCACCCGUUUCGACGCAUCCAAUCCCUCCACCACCCCGGAAGCCCUCAUCGAAAUCCUCCGCCGCGACGGCGGCGUCAUCAUCGAGAACCUCAUCUCCCAGGACCUAGCCGCGCAGAUCAAAGCCGACCUGAAACCGCACUUCGACGCUGACAUCCCCGACAAAUACGGGUUCUUUCCUGCCACGACACAGCGCGCCACAGGGCUGUUGGGGAUCUCGGAUGCCUGCAUCGAGCUGGCUUGUAAUCCGUUAUAUAUUGCCGUUGCGAACGCCCUGGUCUCAUCCCGGUAUACUAUGUGGAGAGGCGAUCGGCAAGAAACGGUCAGUGGGAAGCCAAUUCUGACGUCGACGGUCGGGUUUCGGGUGAAUCCUGGGGGGAGACAGCAGGUUUUGCAUCGGGAUGAUAAUGACUACCAUCCGCAUGAUAAACAGCUGCCGGUGAUGAUUGGAUGCGUCACGGCGUUGACUAGAACGGUCAAAGAGAAUGGCGCUACCAUUGCUAUCCCGGAAUCGCAUCUCUGGGGCCCGGAGAGACAACCGCUCGAUGAAGAGGCGGUCCCGGCAGAGCUUGAACCCGGAGAUGCUCUUAUCUUCCUGGGGAAUUUGUAUCACGCCGGCGGGGCGAAUACUACCCAGAACGACUGCCGUGAAACCGUGGGUAUAUUCCUCUGCCAGCCGACCCUACGUCCCGCUGAGAAUUACUUCCUCGAAAUACCGCUGGAGAGGGUGAGGAAGUUGAAACCGCAGGCGCAGCGACUGCUAGGAUACGGGGUCAUGGAACCGGGAGUAGGCUUCAUGCACUAUCAGGACCCCAUGAGGGUGUUGUUCGGAGUGGAGGACGAGGAAACGAUCAACAUGUGA